AUGGCUGAACCCCAACAGGACAUGAGGGAGGAGCCCACAGGUGAAUAUAAACAAAGCUCAAAUCCACAGUUGCCAACUGACCCAGGUGAUAAUGCCAAACAUGACGACACCUGUCUAGUCAGAAUUCAGAGCCCCAAAGAAAAUGACUUCAUUGAAGUUGAACUCAACAGACAUGAGCUGAGUUAUCAAAAUCUACUGCAAGUGAGUUGCUGUGAACUGAGGAUUAACCCCAAGGAAGUGGAGAUCAGAAAGCUACCAAACACACUCCUGAGAAAGGAUACACCAUUACUUUUUCUACGGGACUUCCAGGAAGUAGAACUCAUUUUAAUGAAAAACGGAAGCUCUGAAUUGAUAGAAUACACUCCAUCUCUGACAGAGAAGCCUUGUUACAACAGUAAUGCUGCAAAAAAUGACAUAUUAAAAAUCCAAGAAAUUAAAAACUGGAAUCAAUAUUUUGGAAAUAAUGAAGCCUGGACGCAUGUACCAGUUUGCUAA